GUGACACUGUGCCUGAACGCAUUGAUUGUGGCGGCUUAAAAACUGCAACCUUGCGAUUCCGCCAAUUGAAAUAGUAAGCGAAAAACGAGACGUUCAAUAACUACACAUUCGACCGCGGUGGAUCCUUGUGACGCCAUUCAUUUGACGCUGUGAAGAACGUUGUAAAGCUACAUCGAACCGGAACGGAGUUGAGUGCGGGUUGAAAACGAAACAUACGCAAAGAAAAAGCGCGAUGUGGAGCGACGAGUGCUGGGAUGACGAAACCUCACAGACGCAGUCCGUAGCAGUGAAUAGGUCUUCCGAUGUUUCACAGCCGGAACCGGAACCGAAAGCACCUUCUCAUAAACCAUACCGCACAGAAAAGGAUUCUCACCGUCGUGAGAAACGUUCACGAGAUGAAGUGUCAUCCAGCGGCGAUAGGGUUCGGAUUCAGGUACAAAGCCAUUUCAUACCAAAAAUAAUUGGAAAACGGGGUGCUAUCAUUCAAGAUUUACGAACCCGAACCAAUGCACGCAUUGAAGUUGAUAAUAAUCGGGACGAUAGUAGCAUGGGAACUGUUACCAUUUCCGGCGACCCAGAAAACGUAAAAGCGGCACAUAACGCUGUGCAGGACAUCAUAAAUGGUACCGGCACGGAAAGAGGUUCGCGAGGUUCGGACUCAGCUCGACCUCCUCGAUCUGGUUUCAGCAGUGGUUCGUCAAAUGAUCGACAUAGCCGUGACGAUCGUAGCCAUCGAUACGAAAGUACCAGCGGAAGAGGCCGGUACCAAAAAAGCGAUAGUUCCCAUGGUGGUGAUCGCGGUCGUGAUUUUUACGAUUCGGGUCACAGGUCGAACAACGAUUAUGGUAAAACCUAUCAUUCAUCGUAUUCUGAUCAGUAUGAAGCAAACGAUGAAAUCAUCGACUGGGUAUCUCUGAACAAAGCGGCCGACGAAGCUGCAAAGGAACGAUGGGCCAAGUGUCCGGCGCUCGUGAAGUCAUUUUACAAUGAGCGAGAUGAAGUAGCGCAAAUGUGCCCGGCCGAAGUAGCCGCAUUUCGCGAAGCGAACAACAAUAUUGUUGUGGAACGCACCUUUAAGCAGGAAACUGGUAAACAGAACCCAAUUCCGAACCCGGUGGUUGAAUUUCAUCAUGCGUUUGGAGAUUUUCCGGACUUAAUGGAGGAACUACAUAAACAGAAUUUUACCAAACCUUCUCCGAUUCAAGCGCAAGCUUGGCCUGUACUGUUGCAGGGCGAAGAUCUGAUCGGUAUCGCACAGACAGGCACGGGCAAAACGUUAGCCUUUUUGCUUCCCGCGUUCAUUCAUAUCGAGGGACAACCAGUUCCGCGAGGAAGCCGUGGAGGACCCAAUGUCUUAGUGUUGGCACCGACACGGGAGCUCGCGCUGCAGAUCGAGAAAGAAGUGGCGAAAUACCAGUUCCGUGGCAUAAAGGCUGUCUGUCUGUAUGGGGGUGGUGAUCGACGGGCGCAAAUUAACGUUGUCCGAGGUGGCGUUGAAAUAUUGAUUGCCACCCCGGGUCGUUUGAAUGAUCUCGUACAGGAAGGUGUGGUGGAUGUAAGUAGCAUCACGUAUAUCGUGCUGGACGAAGCUGAUCGUAUGCUCGAUAUGGGAUUUGAGCCCCAGAUCCGUAAAGUAUUGCUGGACAUACGCCCAGACCGGCAGACCGUCAUGACCAGCGCAACUUGGCCCGAUGGUGUGCGUCGGCUCGCACAAAGCUACAUGCAUGAUCCGAUACAGGUUUAUAUCGGUACGCUUGAUCUGGCAGCCACACAUACGGUUACGCAGCUGGUUGAGGUGAUGGAUGAAGGAGAUAAGCUAAAUCGUAUUAACCAAUUUAUCCGAGACAUGCUGCCAACCGAUAAAGUGAUCAUAUUCUGUGGCAAGAAAACGCGUGCCGACGAUCUGUCGUCCGAGUUUAUUUUGUCCAACAUCCCAUGCCAAUCGAUACACGGCAAUCGGGAGCAAGCCGAUCGCGAGCAAGCCAUAGAAGACAUUAAAUCGGGCGCGGUAAACAUACUCAUUGCCACUGACGUUGCGUCUCGAGGACUCGACAUAGAGGACAUAACGCACGUGGUGAACUUCGACUUUCCGCGCAACAUCGAGGAGUACGUGCACCGUGUAGGACGUACGGGCCGUGCCGGGCGUAGUGGUAUUUCGUUAAGUUUUAUGACACGCUCCGAUUGGGCAGUGGCGGCCGAACUGAUCAAGAUCAUGGAGGAGGCCAAUCAGGAGGUGCCGAGUGAGGUGCGCGACAUGGCGAAACGUUUUGAAGCCCGCCGAGACCACCGUGGUGGUGGUCGAGGUGGUCGAGGUGAUCGAGAAAGAUUCGGAGGCAGAAGACAAUGGUAGGCAAUUGGAGGCUUGUUAUAAAUUGUUCCCACCGGUAAGCUUUGCACACUUAAAUUUGCAGCUCAUGGAGCAUUCGAAACGAAGCUAAUUCGUAUAUAGUUCGUUCUUAAAUUCUAUCGACUUUAACAUUCAUAUCUUUUCACUGAAAUUAUUUCAUGAAGCAUGCAGCAGGCACCAAGUGCGGCGCUCGCAAAGACUGGUUAUUAAUAAACUGGCCAAAGUAAUUUUACGUUACCUUCAAAAAUUUCCUUCAAACGAAAGGAAGUGAUUCCUUAUGACGGAUAAAUAAUCAUAUUUUGAACUUAGAUGCUAGUUUGCUCACCUAGAACUAAAGAGAAUGGACACUUGUAACAGGUUGUGUUCGUAGGAAAGGUAUUCGAAUAAUACAUAUAAGUGCCUUCGAUGUCAAGGAUUUUUCGGCGUGAAGGAAAUAGGAUGAAUUUUUAGCAAGUAAUCUUUGAAUAGGAUUUAUAUGAAUCUAACGCACUGCGUCAAAGAAUCCAUUCAGCAGGCACAAUCUGCUGUGAACAUUAUACUUUAUUAACCGUUAUCGUUUUCUUGAACUGUUGAGGAAUGUGAAUUGAAUAAAUUGCUAGGCGCAGUGAAAAUGGCAGUAUCCUGUGAUUGACUUUAAAAUUUGAUCCAUUCUUCUACAA